CCACCCACGCCACCCCUCACUUAUCGCCUUCUUGUCGCGCCGUCCUAUAAUUGGUCGGCCUUCCAGUUCAACACAACAUUCUGCCCAACCUGUGGUCAUGCAAGGAAGUAGAGUUCAGUAUGGCGCAAUACAAAAUGACAUUAGAAGAUUGGCUGGACGACCUCUGCGUUCGAUUCAUCAUAAACCUCCCCCGAGAAGACCUCUCCUCAGUAGCGCGUAUCUGCUUCCAAAUUGAAGAAGCACAAUGGUUCUACGAAGAUUUCAUCCGACCUUUAGAUCCUGCCUUACCGACAAUGUCAUUGCGGAGUUUUAGUCUUAAGAUGUUCCAGCACUGUCCUCUACUCGCAUCAUUCUCUGCGGAGAGUCAUAUCAAAGCUUUCGAAGAGUUCAUGCAGUAUAAGACAAGAGUACCUGUCCGAGGAGCAGUCAUGCUCAACGAUGAUAUGGAUGCGGCCGUCCUUGUUCGGGGUUACAAGAAAGGAGCGAGCUGGAGUUUUCCGCGAGGGAAGAUAAAUAAAAACGAAGACGACCUUGAUUGCGCUAUCCGUGAGGUUUACGAAGAGACAGGGUACGAUCUCCGGGAAGCUGGUCUUGUUGAUAAGAAUGAACCAGUCCACCCCCUUGAGGUUACUAUGCAUGACCAACAGGUCCGGCUCUAUGUGUUUCGCGGCGUACCGGAAGACACUGUCUUUGAAACAAGAACCAGGAAGGAGAUUGGGGCCAUCAAGUGGUACAAGGUCGAAGAAUUACCGGCAUAUCGUAAGAGGAAAGGUGCCGGUAAGAACGGGGUCGGAGGCCCUUCUAACGAUAAGUUUUAUAUGGUCGCUCCAUUCAUGGUUCAGUUGCGGCAAUGGGUGAUGAAACAGAAGAAGCUGGACGCUCAGAAAUUCGGACACCCUAGCGCUCACCACCACCCUCAGUUCUACGAGGAAAAUUUGACGGAUGAUAAUGUCGUCCACGAACCAGUCCAGGUAGCACCCACAGGUACAACCUCGGAAUUUAUUGAUAGCGCAACAAAGGAGCUGCACAGAUUGUUAAAGGUGAAGCCACCCACGCAGGGUCUUCAAAUAUUAUCACCGACCUCGGACCAGCAGGCAGGGCAAGCCCUCCUGUCUCUUUUGCGGCCAAAGGUACCAAGUGACGAGGAUGCAUCUAGACAAGCACAAGGGGGGAAGACUCGCGUCCCGUUUGACCCCGCGUCAACCAAUGCCUCCAAACUCGUGGCUCCGCAUCACCAUUAUCCCGAGCAGCAUGGACAUGCCCCUAGUUACGGAGCAGCACGGCUCGAUGCAAAUACAAACGUAAUGUACGGAGAAAACCGGUUAACGGCUGAUGUAAAUCCAAACUCGAGUCAUGGACCAGCACGGUUGUCAGGUGAAGCAAAUCCGAAUCUAAGCUACACACAACAACACCGGGCUCGCCCAUUCGUUAACGUCACCACCGAGCUUCCUGGUCCUCCGGAGUCUUCAGAACAACCGCGUCAAUCCCGGAAUCAACCGGUACAACUUGUACAUCCCCAACCAUUACCCCCGCAGGUACAAAAGGCCAUGCUCCUACGCGGCAUGGCUUCCUCCCCACAGGUCACGGACAAUACGACCGCCCAGCCAGGACUUUCCCGAUUACCACAGGGACAUCAAUACGGCGCAUACGGUCCUCAGGUUCACAAUCAUGGCACGCAAGGCGGGUAUCCUGAAAGGACGCUACCUACUGAACUACCUGCACAUCCAGCCAACUUGUUGAAUGUUCUUAAAGGUGGCGUAACGCAGCCAAAUAUAAACCAAGGCUUCAUACCGGAAUUAUCAGGACAGGUUGCGAACAUGCCAACGACGCAGAAUCCCCAACACCAGUUUUCUGCACCGGGUAAUGCAUUUGCUAGCCAAUACGAAGCUACAGCCAUGCUCUCCGAUUUGAACAAAACGUCGAUAAACAAUGGCCAUGCAGUGCCAUCGGGGCCUGAGGCGCGGCCUAGACUCCCGACUGAUAAACAUCGCUCAGAUUUACUCAAUAUGUUCAAGAAGACCGAGUCAUCGGCAUCACAACAUGAGGCCGAUAGGGAAAUAGUAACGCGACGUUCUUCCCGACUGAGCGAAGGCGAGAAACAGCAAUGGCCCAAUCAGCCUCAUUCUAAUGCCGGUUCCCUGCGAUCCGCAGUCCACGAGAACGGCCGUCCUGUACAAAUGAAUCCUGAAGCAAACCUUCCAUUCCGGGCACUUACCAUACUGUCUCGCCCUCAACCUGGACAACAGUCACCAAGUCAGAACAGAGUAGCUUCAGCUGCCGGGUCAGAAACAGGCCAAUAUCCAGCCACAACAUCACAGCUUAGUCAUAGGUCAUUCAGUAAGGGCUCGCCUUCCUUUACAAAUCCGUCUCCGAAGCCAUAUCAGCUGGUACCACAGAAGGCGCAACAAUUCGGCCGGUCGUCACCGAGAACCUACGCAGACUCGACGCACUCUUAUCCAUACGGUACCUCACAUGGGAGUCAACACAACCCGCUGUCGCUGCUCCAAGGUCCGCCUUCUGCAUCAGCACUGCCGGUUCCUGGUAGCAUACAGUUCCGGCAAGACUCAACUGCCGAGCAGAAGAGUGCACUUUUAUCUCUUUUCGGGAAGUCGCCGUCAAAUUUCGAACAAAGCAAAGGGAAGGAGCCGGCAACGCUCGACCAGUUCAGUGCCAGCGCGGCUCCACGAUCCCGGUUGGGCUCAGUUGCUUCUAGUGGAGGCGAAGGGAGACCAGGAUUACGGGGGAACGCGCCGAGGCAUGAGAGUCAAGCUCCUUUAUCUCCUGCAGAUAGGAAUUUCUUGUUGAACUUCUUAGAAAAUGCAUCUAAUAGCGCGAGACGUUAGCGGUGCAUAUUUGCUCAGGGGGGUCAUAGAAGAGAGGUUUUUUAUGAUCUAUGGGUGAGCUAAUUUUAGGUGGAGGUAGAAUCAUGGGAAGGUUAACUUAAGGGGUCAGCGAUAAUUAUCAGUAUAUUAGUAUACCCCUAUCGAUGCAAGCUAGAAAUUGCAUUGCUAAUAUAGGCGUUGAAAUUUUGGGAGCUUCAUGAUUUUAUAUGU